GUACUUCGGCCUCCAUUGGAAAGUGCAAGAAAGAAACCAAUUUCCUUCCUUUCAUUCCUUGGAGUCUUCUAAUUAUUAUUUAACUGAAUUUGAACUCAUCUGGGUCUUUCUUCAAGGAAAUAACCAAAGCUAGCUCUAAUGGAUAUUUCAUCAACAAAAUGGCUACCAGAUCAGUUUGGAAUGGAGGAUCCAGCUUUUAACUAUCCGUACCAAAUGAAUCCUCUUGAUUAUGCACUUGAUGAUCUUGAUUUUCAAUCCUUUUCUUCAACGAAUGACCAAAUUUUCAGUCCCCAAACUAUACAGAACUUCAAUUAUACACUACCUAUUCAAGAAAAUUCUCAAACCAGCAUUGAAAGGCCAACAAAACAACUGAAAACCAAUAGUUGGAAUUCUGGUUCUUGCACUACAACUGAUAACAAUAAUAGUAAUAACCAAAUCAUUUCUUCAAAGGCUUCUCCUUCUUCUUCUUCUCACAUUAUCUCUUUCGAAAACUUGAAUAAUUCAUCUCCUGCACCCAUCUCGCAACAAUUCUAUGGCUUAGAUUCAACUACCAGUACUAUAAUAAAGCCUAAAAGUGAAUUCGUGGGGUCUAAUGGAAGUGCAAACCACAAUUCUAGUUUUUUCUGUCAAGCUGGGUCAACUUAUUAUCCACAGGGUAACAAAAAGACUGGUGCAAUGAGUAGAACUCUUUCACAUGCUCAAGAUCAUGUCAUAGCAGAAAGGAAGCGUCGCGAAAAGCUUAGCCAGCGAUUUAUAGCUCUUUCAGCCGUUGUCCCAGGUCUUAAAAAGAUGGAUAAGGCAUCUGUUCUUGGCGAUGCAAUAAAGUACCUGAAGCAAUUACAAGAACGUGUAAAGACACUUGAAGAACAAUCUGCCAGGAAAAAUAUGGAAUCAGUAGUUUUCGUAAAGAAAUGUCAAGUGUAUGCCGAUGAUGAGUCUUCCUCGACCGAUGAGAACUGUGAUAGCUGCAGCGACCAACCGUUACCAGAAAUCGAGGCAAGAGUUUCAGAAAAGGAUGUUCUUAUUAGAAUCCAUUGUGAAAAGCAGAAAGGAUACCUACUGAAAAUAUUUAGUGAAGUAGAAAAGCUUCAUCUAAAUGUUAUCAACAGCAGUGUCUUGCCUUUUGGAAACUCCACUCUUGAUAUAACUGUUAUUGCUCAGAUGGACAGUGAUUUCUCCAUGACAAUGAAGGAUGUUGUGAGAAACCUAAGACAAGCUCUACUCAAGUACAUGUGAUGUAAUAAAAACGUGCAACUGCAAGAACAAGAAAAAGAAGAUCUUAUGCAUAAUAAACUUCUAUAUUAGUUAACUUAAUUUCCUCACUUGUUUCCUAAACCUCCUGUUAGAAAGAAAACAAUGGCCAGUGAAUAAUCUCUCUCUCUCUCCCUCUGUUGAUAUUGCUUAGAGGUUUCCAUUUUUGCAGGAAGGGUUUUUUUUUUAAAAGCUCUUGUUUUGUUUUUUUGCGUGGUUGACUCGUUGACCAUGUUUAAUUACCCACGUGCUGAAUAUGGGACCUAGAGGCUGCAGCUUUUUUGAGGGGGUGAAUUUUUUCUUUUUUUCUUUUUUUUUUUUUUGGAAAGGUUACCUUUUAAAUAGAAAAAAAAAAAA